AUGGGACAAAAUGCCACUGAGGUGACUGAAUUUGUCCUCCUGGGAUUUGCUGGUCAACACAAGUUUUGGCAUGUUCUCUUCAUAGUAUUUCUAGUGAUAUAUAUUGCCACCUUAGUUGGGAAUAUUGGUAUGAUUCUACUUAUCAAAAUUGAAUCUUCCCUGCACACUCCUAUGUACUUUUUCCUCCAGCACUUGGCUUUUGUUGAUCUCUGUUAUUCCUCUGCUAUCACUCCCAAGAUGCUGCAGAAUUUUGUAAGUACAAGACCAUCCAUCUCCUUCAGAGGCUGCAUAGUACAGUUACUAGUCUAUGGUACUUUUGUGACCAGUGACUGCUUCAUCUUGGCAGCUAUGGCUGUGGACCGCUAUGUGGCUAUCUGUAACCCACUGCGGUACCCAGUCAUCAUGUCCCAGAGACUCUGUGUUCUGCUACUGAUUGGUUCAUAUGCAAUGGGCUUCCUAAAUGCUUCUGUAAAUACAAGUCUCACUUUCUUAUCAAAUUUUUGCUACUCCAAUGUAAUUAAUCACUUUUUCUGUGAUGUGCCUCCAAUACUUGCCCUGUCAUGCUCCAGUAUUGACUUUAACAUCACGGUACUGACACUCUUUGUGGGCUUCAACUUGACAUUAACUGUGUCAGUUGUCAUCUUUUCAUACACAUAUAUCCUGGCUGCCAUCCUGAGGAUGUCCUCUGCUGCAGGGAGAAAAAAAGCUUUCUCCACAUGUGCCUCCCACAUGACCACAGUCACCAUCUUCUACGGAACUCUCUCCUAUAUGUAUGUGCUGCACGGGACCAAUAAGUCUCAAGAGCAGGAGAAAGUGUCAUCUGUUUUUUAUGGUGUUAUGAUUCCUAUGUUAAACCCCUUAAUCUACAGCCUGAGAAACCAAGAUGUAAUAGAAGCCCUGAAACAUGUAGCAAACAAAUCUCUCUAG